GCAAACGGAACGCAGUCGCAAAACGGCAACCACAACGCUCAGACGUGUCGCGCGAUCAGUUGAAAACGAAAAUAAAAAAAAAGUGGAAAAAAAAACAGCAACUACAGCCAAAGAUAAAAUAAAGCAGCGACUUCUCAACAACCAGCUCCAGCUAGCUCAAAAGUGUAUCAAAACCUCAUCUUGCCAUGUUUCGCAUCCUCCUUGGAGUGAUUUGUGUGGUCCUUUGGUCGCCGGUUAGCCAGGCUCUAACUCCAGGACUGCAGGUGGCCAAGCAGUGGAAGCUCCUGCGCUACAACUUCGAGCCCCAAGCUCCGGUCACCGAUCCCAACUUCUACAAUCCGCAGAAUGUCCUGAUCACCGGAGUUGCGGUCACCGAUGACCGGAUCUUUGUGGCCACACCGAAGCUCUUUUCAGGAGUGUCCUCCACCGUGAGUUGGGUCUCAAAGUCACAGUUUGGCGACUCCCCAGUCCUGCAGGCCUAUCCCGAUUGGUCCUUCUCGAACACCGGACGCAGCGACUUCAACUGCAGCGAUCUCAUCUUGACUUCGGUUUACCGUCUGCGUUUGGACUCCUGCAAUCGCAUUUGGCUCCUGGACGCUGGAAUUUCGCGCUCCCUGGAGGACUACGAAAUCACCUGUCCACCAAAGGUCCUGGUUGUGGACUUGGCCACAGAUCGUGUGGUGCGUAGGAUCGAUUUCCCUCCAGAAGUUCUUCGUGGAGAGUCCUUGUUCACCAACAUGGUGAUUGAUGAGACGACUGCCAAGGGAUGCGAUGAUGUGUUUGUUUACAUCACGGACACCGUGGAGCCGGGAAUAAUUGUGUAUGACAGUGGAAAGGAUGUCACCUGGAGGGUUUCGCAUCCCGCCAUGUAUCCUGAUCCCGAUUUUGCCCAGUCGGAGAUUCUCAAUGAUCGCUUCGUAUUGAUGGACGGAGUGGUAGGCCUGACUUUCGAUGAACGCACUGGUGUGGUUUACUUCCAGCCUCUGGCAACCGAUAGAGUUUUCUCCGUGCACAAGAAUGUCCUGCGAGCGGGUCCCUUGCCAGAUGGCAAAAUGCUGGAUGUGAAACUGGUGGGCAAGAAGAGCUCCCAGGGGAUUGGACUCUCCGUUUCGCCCUUCGAUAGCAGCCUGAUCUUCAGUCCCCUGAGUGAAACAGCCAUCGCCUCGUGGAAUCCAACCACCAAUCAGCAAUCCGUGCUGGCAUUCGAUCGCGAUCAGUUGCAGUUUGUUGCGGAUAUAACCACAACAAGAUCGGAACCAGGAGUGAUCUAUGCCAUUGCCUCGAAGUUCCACCGUUUCUUCCUCAAGAACCUGAAUCCCAAUGAGUUUAACAACCGAAUUGUGAGGCUGGAGCUGCCCGCUGGGAACUCGCUGUUGGGCCAUCGGGUUGCCCUUCCUCCGGCACCCACUCACAACAGUUUGUUGAACUACGGGCUUUACAAUACUCACGGUCAAACGUCGACGAAUGCCCUGCAAACAUACUUCACCAGUCCGGCGCUUACCACGCCCUUUACCACCAAAACGCCUUUUAAGUUCGAAACCGGAGGAGUUGUUAACUAUGCAGCACGUAAUCCCUUUACGGCUCUGAAUCAGGGAGAAGCCUUUCCGCCCAGCAAGGCGACCAGGGACAUCUAUCAGCGAUCCUAUCUGGACACUCUGGUGGGCACCACUGCCCCGGCGGCCACCACUCGGAUGGUUUCGGUGCCGCCCACCGCCUACAGCACUCAGCACCACAGCGGCUAUUACUAUCAGCGAGCCACGAGAUCGUUGAAAGAGCAGUAAAAAACAACUCGCGCACACACUGCGUAUACGCAAUGCGUCCAGCAGCUGAUGUAAAUAAUUAAAUCACUAUACAUGUAAAUUGAUUAAACUAAUUUAAUGAAAAAGUUA